AGCACGCACUGGGAAGAAAAUGGCCGCUCGUCCAGGCCAGAGGUCUCGCUGCUUCUCUCAGUCUUUUCUACCCAUAGCAGUGUGUUGGCUGAUACUGUUGGUCAUCAUGGGCCUCCGUAUCUACUUUACCAAUCGCAACCUCAACCUCCAGGAGCUGGAGACGAAGAGGAAGAUCUUAACAGGACCGAUACAAAACAUCAGUCGAGCUCGGUGGAGCAUCAAUGAAUACUGCCCCAAAGUACAGAACGAAUGCACUCCAUCUUUACAGCUGGUACAGACCCUGGGUCUGAGAGCUGAAGGAGGGAGAUGGAAGUGGAUCGAUGGAAGUGAUCUGCCUGAAAGGAUGAUCAGACCUCCACAGGACGACAUCGAGGAAAUGGAGGAAGAAGCAGCAGCUGACUAUGUUAAUGCUCCAGCACGCACUGGGAAGAAAAUGGCCGCUCGUCCAGUUACCAAUCGCAUCCUCAACAACAACUCAACAGGACCGGCACAAAACAUCAGUCGAGCUCAGUGGAGCAUCGAUGAAUACUGCCCCAAAGGAAAUAACGUUUCAGAGAGACGGUGUGGAGGUCGUCAGGAGGGAUGGGUACUCUGCAGGUCCAGCUGCUAUCUGUUUGCUGGUCUUUCUGAUCUGAAAACCUGGGAAGAAGCUCGAGAAGACUGCAGAGCACGGAGUUCAGAUUUGGUUGUUGUACAUGAUGAAGAUGAACAGGAUGCACUCAGUCUUUACAGCAGGUACGGACCCUGGAUUGGUCUGAGAGCUGAAGGAGGGAGAUGGAAGUGGAUCGAUGGAAGAGAUCUGACUGAACGUGUCAGCAGAUGGAUACAUAAACCACCUCCUACUGACGGUCAGUGUGUAAUUUCUGUGCGCGGGGUCAGAUUGGUCUCAUUAAGCUGUGCUGAAAGAUGGCCAUGGAUCUGCCAGAAGAAGUCUUUAUCUGUUUAACCCCUGCAGUCAGACUUGAGAAGGUUACUGGAUGCUC